UUUGGUACAUUAUGGUAAAGUAGUUGUUUCUGUUGUAGAUAACAGGAAUCUUAUGCUAACACCCGAACAGGACAGAUAAUACACACCCUCACCCAUUCAAGGCUAUACCAGGAAUCGUUAACACACACUUAUCACCCGUUCUGACUGCUUUCACACACAUGCACAUUCAAUAGCCUCCCUAUCCAGCUUGGACGGUCCUGUUCCUGCAUAACACUGCACGCAAAUGUUUUGCUGGAGUGGCAGAUAUCACCAUUACAUUUGCAGUUAAAUUGGCUUAGGUUCGUGGCUCAUUGUCUUUUUUAAGUUUUAGCUAUUUUGCCUUGCGGUCUAUGCAAAAUCAUAUCUGUUUUUGAGGUUGUAGAUCAAAGUUUGCAAUUAAAAAUAAGAUGAAUUUAUAGUGGCUCCUUGGUAGAGCAUUGUGUUAACAGUGCAAAAGGUUGUGGGUUCGAUUCCCAGGGAACACAUGUUAGGUAAAAACCAUUAGCCUGAAUGCACUUUAAGUCACUUUGGAUAAAAGCGUCUGUUAAAUGCAUUAAUAUAAAUUGUCUUGACUUUGUUUCUGGUUAAAGGGGUUUUGUAUGUUUUUGACUCAUUUUGAGGGGAUGUGUUUAUGCGGGGGAUGCUCACCUCUCAAGUUUAAGGAGAUGGGGGUACAAGGACAUACUGAUAACAGUGGGAGGUGCAUUCUUGCCAAGGGGGGUUUUUGUUUCUCUGAAGGCCAUAUAAACUCUGAAGAGUUUCUCUGUGCUACUAUCUGAAUUGUUCUCUUCCUGCGAGGUCUCUGAGGUGUCUUCUUGUGAGGUUUAUAGAUGGCUGUGGUUCAUGCUGAAGUGAAUGUCUGGAGUAAGCCAUGGGAUCACAGGUUUCAGUUGUAUGGAGGACAUGUGUGUAAUACACUAAUGGCAGAUUCCUGGGAUGACAGAACACCUCUUCAUGAUGCUGCUUUACAAGGAAGAUUGCUGCCAUUACGAAGACUGCUUUCACAGGGAUAUAGUGUGGGAAUGGCUACAUUAGAUGGAAUCACACCACUGCAUGAAGCAUGUGUUGGAGGCCAUUUCACCUGCGCUAAACUUCUCCUGGAACAUGGUGCUGAUGCCAAUGCUGUCUCCCUUGAUGGAGCCACUCCUCUCUUCAGAGCAUGCUUUAGUGGAAAUCCUGCCCUCGUCAGCCUCAUUCUGAUCUACAGUUCUGUCCACCAUCCAGCUCAUCUGCAGAGCUCACCUCUCCAUGAAGCAGCAAAGAGAGGUCACACAGCAUGUGUUGAACUGCUGCUGUCUCAUGGUGUGAAUGUGGACACGGAGGUUCCCAGCAUAGGAACAGCGCUGUACUGUGCAUGUCAAUCCAAGGCAACAGAAUGUGUACAGAGCCUGCUGAUCUCAGGUGCUGAUGUACAUUGUGGGCGGGGUCUUGACACACCUUUACAUGCUGCAACCAGGGUGGGCGGGGCAAAAGAGGUGGAGCUACUGUUAGAGCAUGGGGCUGAUCGGACCUCAAGGAACUCUGAAGGAAAGAAAGCUCUGGAGUUGACAUCAGAUCAGAGCAUCAAACAUCUCUUGCAGACAACAGGUCCGUGCUCCCUGUCUCAGCUGUCCAGAUGGUGUAUUCGACGUUCCCUGGGACAAAAAGGACUAAACAAAACCAAGAUGCUUUGCUUACCACAUCUCCUGCACAAUUAUCUUCUCUAUCAUUAAAAUACACAUAACCAUUCCCUGUCAAAACAUGGUUCUCACAGUAAUCGUUUAUUUUUUUAUUUUGUUUUACACAUUUUUACCUGUAAAUAAUCUUAUUUUUUAUUUUGUACAAAUGUAUCCUUUUUUGUUUUGUAAUAAAUAUUUGUAUACAUUCAAAGUCUUAA